GCUGAAUUUUCUAUUUCAACAGGUCAUAUUUUACCACUCAAUUAGAGUUGUGGCUCCAAAGUUUAAAAUGUAUAUUAAAUCAAAGUUUAAAUCCAAACUGCAUUCUAAAUUGGCAAGGAUCGAGCAAAGACGUUUCAACGAUAUGAAACAUUUUAUAACAUCAUAUAUCUGGACUAAAGGAACUUAUGCUAUUCCAGUUAACUCUGUUUUUCUUAAUUAAAGUGGGAUACAGGUGUUAAUAGCAUGAAAUAAUCAUCUGUCUCUUAAAGAGUUCAUUCACUAAGGAAAAACAGAAAAGGUACAUUCAUAUAGGAUAAUGAGCGCUACCAGUGAUUACAUUGCCGGUGCAGUUGGAGGAUGUGCUGGGUUAGUUGUUGGCCAUCCAUUUGACACUGUGAAGAUUUUGCUUCAAACGGAGGCGAGGGGAAUAAGCACAUGGGCAACAUUGAAAAAUGUCACACAGCAUGGAUUGAUGCAAGGCUACUUCAGAGGUCUAGCUUUCCCUCUUGCAUCUUAUGGUCUCCUCAACUCCAUUCUGUUUGGGGUAUAUGGAAACAGUUUGCGUCUUAUGACCCCUCUUGCUGCCACUGGCCAUGUGGAGAAAAGUUACCGUGAUAUAUUUAUGGCAGGCUGCAUAGGUGGAGCUGCUCAGCUGAUCCCAGCAUGCCCAAUUGAUGUCGUGAAAAUCACACUCCAAGCUCAAAUUGCUGAACAUGGUAAAGGGAACAAUGGUAAUGGUCAGUUUUUCAAAGGACCUGUGGAAGCUAUUGGUGCCAUCUACAAAAAACAUGGAUUCCGUGGCUGUUUUAGAGGGCUCCCUGUCAUGGCGAUGCGAGAUAUCCCUGCCUUUGGUUCAUAUCUGUUAGCCUACGAAUGGAUGUAUGACACAUGCAACCUUCACCAUUGGCUCAAAAAUAAGGAAGCCUCAAAAACAUUACUCGCAGGUGGAGUCGCAGGAUUGUGCUCUUGGACAUUUACUAUGCCUCUAGAUGUCGUAAAAAGCCGCAUGCAAGCUGAUUUAAAUGGGAAAUUCAAGAACAUUCUUGACUGUGUUGUUAAAAGCUACGCAGAAGGAGGAUUUAGAAUCUUCUUUUCUGGAUUACCAGUGGCUUGUCUUAGGGCAUUCCCUGUCAAUGCAGUCACAUUCCUUGUCUAUACAAAAACAUUGAAAUAUCUGAACGAUGGUGAAUCACCUUUUGGGAGAAAAGUAAAAGCGGAAGAACCUCAAGACAACACACCUGAUGAACUUAAACACAAAAUCAAAGAAGUGUCAUCAAGUUCAACAAACAUGAAGACAGAUAUACGUGAAAAUUCUGUUCCAAAUCCUUUAACAAUAAUGAGCAAAAUGACACUAGAAGAAAAACACCAAUGGUAUGUGUAUACAGAGUCCCUGGGGGGAGGAGACAGCAUACAACUAUGUAAUAAUAUUUCAGAAGUCUAAUAAUUACCAAACAGUAGAUGAACAUAGUGGGCUUGUAAUAUUGAGUGUUCAUCAAGAGUAACAGGCCAUUACAGUAAACUACCGGUAUGGAGUAUCUGAUCAUAAUUCAAGUUACAUUUUUCGGAGAGGCCUGGUUCAGCUUUUCCCAAGGGGAGGGGGUCACUUCUAAAAAUUCAAAAAGUCACUUGAAAAGUGCUCAGAAUGGUGAAAAACUGUAUGAUUUUGAAAGAAUCUUUGAAAUAAGCCCUUGGCAAUGGGCCUGGAGGCGGUAAAGGCAGGUG